AUGAACAAAAAAUGUGAAGAGAUAAAAUUGAACUACUACACAUGCUUGAAUAGCAGCAAGAGGGAUCCCGGCAGGUGCAGGGACGUGGAAGCCGAGCUCAGGGAAUGCUCAAAAACGACAGGGGAGUCCUACUGUAUAGACGAGAUUAACAACCUUAUGGAUUGCUCCAGGAACCCUGACCCCACAGCUUGCGCGAAGGAGUUUUUCCUUUUCCGCGAGUGCAACCGACCGGAUGGACCACACAUGCUGAUACAGGACGGAAAAUACGUAAUUGCGAAGGAACACCUGGACAAGUACAACGUUAGCAGCGCAACCAUAGCGCCAGUGGACGCCCCAGAAAGGAUCAACUCCAACACAGCGGCAUUUCUGGAAAAAAUGAAAGAAACUUUACACUUAAAAAAUUUUAAGGAAAAAUUUGUUGCAUACAAGUGGUGA